UAAUUCGUGCUAUUUGAGUGGAUGGAAAGUUGAAUAGCCCAGCGAAGGAUGGCUCUGUGGGUGAGGAGUGGAGGUUAUGGUGGGAUCCGGCGUUUUCCGGGGAUAUUGCUACCUCGUCCACUUGUGGCAGCAGAGAGAGCAUGGAAGAAGGGCAUCGAGAGGAAGGGAUGGGUAAGGGCGAUGCGCUGUUCCUUGCAAUGGGAAGCUGAUACCCAGCCUCGUGACGAGGUAAGGGAGAUCGUGAUGGAGAAGGGCGAGCAGCAUAUUGGAAUUAAUUGCGACCUUUGUAAUGGUAUUGGGUGGUUGAUUUGUGAUUUCUGCCAAGGACAAAAGACAAAUGUGAAGUCUGAGAGUAGUAGCCGUUUCUAUCGUCGCUGCCCAUAUUGUAAAGCUGUGGGAUUAGUUUUAUGUCCAAAAUGCAAAGUUUUCAAGUGUGUAACCUUCCCAGAUGUUAGCGACAGUAAGGCCGACCACUAAAAGGGCAUUUUGGAACUUGCUUUGGAUGACCAAGGAGACUGCUGGAUGCAUGGAAGGUUCAUGCUAAGGCUUUUUCUAUCAACGGCUGAGGAAGAUGCAAGAAACUUGCCUUCAUUCAUGCAUCCUUGGGUAUAGCCACAUGUGGGGGAAGCUUCCAUGCAGAUUGAAUUCUAGACAAAUAUUCAUGGACCUUUGCAUGACUGUCCACUUAAGCCCAUUUUAUACCUUUUUGCCCAUCAAAAUGAGAUUCUUUGUAUUCAAAGUGACUGUUAAACUUAACUUUUGAUUAUUGCUUUAGAAGUUAUGUACAUAGCUUGAUUUUAGCUUGUAAUGAUUAUAUUUUGGGAUAUAAUUGACAAUUUGCUCUUGUUAA